CUAUAACCCACGCAUUUCGAUUUCAGCAGCUAGUCAUCCGCAUUCCACCAAUCAUGCCCCUUCCCCCCUCUCUCCCAGGUCUCCCGGACGAUUAUACUCCCCAGUACUUUGGGAACGAUAUAGUUGUUGGACUCGACUCUGAGGGCCAAUACAAAGCUAAAGUCCUUAGGUGCUGGUCAGACGAAGAUGGUAGCAUAAUACCUCCUCCGCCACCAGGCCAAGAAGCCCACCCUCUUGAUCGCCCAUUAAAGCGAGGUGAGGUAGGAAUCAGCCAUUUAUCUACUGGCCAACUUGCCAUUGUCCCCGAGUCUGCUCUCAGACUUUUUCAGCGAGAAUUUCUCAAAGGCGAUAUAGUCAAGAGAUCUUUGACUUCGCAAGAAUCCGCUUUGGUGGUAAAUGUCAAGACUGAAAUCAAGUUACAACAUGCCUUAACCGGAGAAGAACUUGACCAAUGGGUCAAAUAUGAAGAUGUGUCGAAUGCGUUGGAAAUAGAUGCGAGGGAUAGGGUGGUCUAUGGCAACUGGGUUGGAACAGUUGAAGAAGUCUUUGAAAACGGCUUUGUAGAGACAAAGCUUGGUCGAUAUUACCGUAUUGCGGAAAUGGGAGGUCUUUUGGAAGUCGGAAGGAGGGUUGAAGAAGUUCUCCCGAAGAAUCUUUUCGAGCAACUGGCCGCCAUGCCCAAGCCAUUACCAGAUUUUGCCGAACCUCAGACUGAUCGUGUCCUGAAGAUUGAUCCAGUGGUCGUCUAUGUCAUUUGGAAUGCUAUAAACCAAAAGCUGCCUCCCUCCGAGCAAGAAAAGUUCAAAGAACCGGAGCCAUUCUGGUACGGUGAAAAUCUCAAGAAGCUUGCUUUUUUUGAUACCACGCAUUCUCAACCACCAAGUAUAGGAUCAACUGUUGAUUUCGUCAGCGAAGAUGCCAGGAGAAAAUACGGCGCGGAACCCUCACGCCACGCUGAAGGCACCGUGCUGGUUGACACAAUGCGGAUCUUAGCAAGCCGUUCGACUUUAGUGCUUAGGUGGCAAACCGGAAGAGAGACGGAGGAGCCCUCAACUGACUUUGUUCCUUACCACAAUGUGGACGACUACGAGACUUGGCCAGGUGAACAUGUCAUGUGGAGAGGCGAUAAUGGCGAACGACGGCACGCUGUUGUUCAAAAAUUUGACCCUUACCAGCGAGUAGCUGAACUGCUCUUUAUGGAUGACCAAACGAAGGAACUCGUCCCUGUCAUGGAGCUUGACCCCGGAGGCCGCUCUGGUUCAAAUGCCUAUGGUGUGAGCAUUGGUCAAAUGGUCCUGCUUUGUGGAGACAACGGCUCGGUACCCCCUGAAGUCCCUUCAUUCGGUCAGCACGAAACCCCAGUGAAGAACAUGUGGGCAAGACACGAAUUUGUCAAGCUUGGCGAAGAAUAUGUGAGCGGCGAUUUGAAGUUUGGCUGGUACCCUCCCGAGGGGGACAAACAGAGCGUUGAUUGGUGGGGCGAAGUCGUACAGUUGCAUCUUAACGGAGAAGUGACCGUCAAGCUCGCGAACGGGGAUUUGAAGACGGUGGGGAUCAAGAAUCUAGCAAUUUUGAAUGAUCCUGGGAGUGACAUGAUCGAUGAGCUGGGACCGGAGAUGAAUGAAGGGGAGGCUAUGGAUGAGGAUGAAUUUGACGAGUUUGACGAGUGGCAGAACGGGCUGAGGGGAGCGCAUGGAGGUUUCGUGUUUGAUGGAGCGCAGGUACAUGAUUUGCAAGCUAUGUUGUCGCGGUUGAAGGAGUCUCAUCAGCCAGAGGAAAGUGAGAACAGUUGGGAAACGAUGAGUGAAGACGAUAUCCACGAUGUUGACACUGAAGGGGAGGUGAUGGAGGUGGAUGAGAUGGAAGAGGAAGAGGAGGAGCGAGCGAUCGCACAGGCAGAGGCUGCCGGUAGGAGGCAAGAGCAAUCUGGAGUCCCCCUUGUGGAACAACAAUCAUUUCCCCCUGUCAAACCUUUGGCAUCUCAACCCCUUCAAAAAGCUGAGCCCCGGGCUGGACCUUCUACCGCUAUCCCUAGCACUUCCCGAGCCCCAUUGCCGAAAGAAAGUCUAGACGAAGACGAUGAACAAUGGGAACGAUUUGAAAUGCUUGAGCAAGCCCCGAGAGAUCAUCACUUCUACAAUGAGCUAAGCUCUGGUGCGGCGGCAAAGAGUUACCACUCCAGAAUACAAAAGGAACAUCGGGCUUUGCAAUCCUCCUUGCCAGAAAACAUCCUUGUUAGAACAUAUGAAGAUAGAUUAGAUCUCAUGAGGGUCUUGAUUAUUGGACCUGAGGGCACACCUUACACGGAUGCGCCCUUUGUUUUUGACGUCUACCUCAACCCUACAAAGUUCCCCAAUGAACCGCCGAUCGUCCAUUUUCAUUCACACACGAACGGUCAUGGAAGGUGCAACCCCAAUCUGUACGAAGAAGGGAAGGUGUGCUUGUCGAUUUUGGGCACCUGGUCAGGCGACGAGUCAGAGUCUUGGAACCCAUCAAAGUCGUCACUUCUCCAAGUCUUCGUCUCUAUCUCCGGUUUAGUGCUUGUGAGGUGCCCCUACCAUUGUGAACCUGCAUUCGCCAAGCUUGAAGGCACAAGGGAAGGCAAGAUCAACUCCCGACUUUAUUCUGAAAAGGCCUACGUUCUUUCCCGAACUUUUGUCCGCACGGCUCUUGAACGUCCCCCCACCGGACUCGAAUCAGAGAUCCGUUAUUUUUAUCUUACUAGAGGCCGACUGCGUUCGGUCAUAGAUCAUGCUCAGAGAUUGAUAGAGAAAGGCGAGGUCGGGCAGAGUAUCGAGCAGGAAGAGGAAAACGCCGAGAUGUGGAAUGCGGAUGCCAUGGGACGAUUGACGAUGGGGGCGAUAAUCACGUUAAAGAGAACGAUCGGGUCGUUGCAGAAGAUAUGGGAUACGCAGUCUUCAUAAUUACUAUUUGUACAAGUACUGGUUUGG